CGGCUGCGGGAUUGGCCGCCCGGCUCCCGCGAGGGGGAGGGGAAGGAGGCAGAGCGCACUCGCGCGUGCGUGAGCUGGCGCGCGAGAAAGGGCCCGGUCGCGCCGAGGCUCGAGCGGCCGUCGCCAUUUUGUGGGGUUCUCUCUGACGCUGGAGCCGCCGCCACCGCCGCCGCCACCCGGAGGCUCUUGUCAGGAUGGUGAAGCUGUUCAUCGGAAAUCUGCCCCGGGAGGCCACAGAGCAGGAGAUCCGCUCACUCUUUGAGCAGUAUGGGAAGGUGCUGGAAUGUGACAUCAUUAAGAACUACGGCUUUGUGCACAUAGAGGACAAGACGGCGGCCGAGGAUGCCAUACGCAACCUGCACCACUACAAGCUGCAUGGGGUGAACAUCAAUGUGGAAGCCAGCAAGAAUAAGAGCAAAGCCUCCACCAAGUUGCAUGUGGGCAACAUCAGUCCUACUUGUACCAACCAAGAGCUCCGCGCCAAGUUUGAGGAGUAUGGUCCAGUCAUCGAAUGUGACAUCGUGAAAGAUUAUGCCUUCGUGCACAUGGAGCGGGCAGAGGAUGCAGUGGAGGCCAUCAGGGGCCUUGACAACACAGAGUUUCAAGGCAAAAGAAUGCACGUGCAGUUGUCCACCAGCCGGCUUCGGACUGCCCCUGGGAUGGGAGACCAGAGUGGCUGCUAUCGGUGUGGGAAAGAGGGGCACUGGUCCAAAGAGUGUCCAGUAGAUCGUACAGGCCGUGUGGCGGACUUUACCGAGCAGUAUAAUGAACAGUAUGGAGCAGUGCGCACGCCUUACACCAUGGGCUACGGGGAAUCCAUGUAUUACAACGAUGCAUAUGGAGCACUCGACUACUAUAAGCGUUAUCGGGUCCGCUCUUACGAGGCAGUGGCAGCGGCGGCAGCAGCUUCUGCAUACAACUACGCGGAGCAGACCAUGUCCCAUCUGCCUCAAGUCCAGAGCACAGCUGUGACCAGUCACCUCAACUCCACUUCUGUUGAUCCCUACGACAGACACCUGUUGCCGAACUCAGGUCCUGCUGCCACUUCGGCUGCUAUGGCUGCUGCUGCUGCCAACAGUUCCUCCUAUUAUGGAAGGGACCGGAGCCCCCUGCGUCGUGCUGCAGCUGUGCUCCCCACAGUUGGAGAGGGCUACGGUUAUGGGCCAGAGAGUGAGCUGUCUCAGGCUUCAGCAGCUGCACGGAAUUCUCUGUAUGACAUGGCCCGGUAUGAGCGGGAGCAGUAUGUGGACCGAGCGCGGUACUCAGCCUUUUAAAAACUGGAGGUGUGAACCUCAAAUGGACUGAAUAACCCUGAGUUGGUUGCAGUCCCAGGAGCCUGAUGUUAAUGAGGCUGCCAGGAUGAAAUACUCCAGAACUGUUGGGGAUCUGAAUUUGGGUCUCACCCUAGCAGAACUGAUUCAAGAACGUCACAACUUUUGAAGUCGGUUGGUACAGAUCAAGACCAAGAUUUGGCCCUUUGUCUGUAAUAAGUAGAGGAACUUGGUGUGAGUUAACUUCUUUUCUCCCCCAGCCAUUGGUGUCUGGAGUUCCCAUCAUCAAUGGAAGAAUUAGGGAAUUUUAGGAUUUCUUCCUUUGAUUUGGUAAGGGAGAUGUGAUCAAUUAGGGGAACUCCUGGAAUUAUGGCUCUAAAUGUGUGACAGUAUGACAUGUUGGAGGGUGAAUGAACCAUUCCUUGAUACGCUUUGUGAUUGCUGUUUAUGAAACUUGUUUACUUAUGAAAGUAAAACGAAACAAAUUUAGAGUAGUACAGUUGGCCAUAUUUCAGAUCUUGGCAUCUUCUGCUUUUUUCUGGACCUAAAAAUUAAAUUAUGGUUUUGGAUAAUAUCUAUGUAUGCCCUUUGUUGCAGUGACAGUAGCCUUGUAUCACAGAGGUUGUCUUGCCUAAAAGAUGGUAAGAGAGUGGAAAAGAUGUAUUUUAUCACCAACACAGCAGUCUGCCAGAUAGAUUGCUUCUAAUUCUACAUAUAUAACUAGAAGUAGAGUCCUUGGUAAUUACAUGGGAUGUAAGUUUGAUCCAGUCUGACUUGGUUUUGUUUUGUUCUUUGUUCUUUUCCCCCUGGAAUACAGGACGGGACCAGGGCCCUUGUGCUCGGAGCCAAGCUGCUCUCCAGGCAUUGUGUAAGCCUCUUGUGUUGUGCUCUCUUUCAGGUAGGAUAAUUGCGGACUGAACCCUCGGGCUGCGGUCAUAUAUGAGAACUUGCUCCGCGCGGUCCCCUUUGCCGGGAUGUUUCCAUUGCUUCAUGUUUCAGUAAACAAAGGAGUUUGUGACCAACUAUGUUUUCUUUCUUAAUUUAAUUCUUCUAAGUUGACUUUUCUUUCCUCCUGAUACUAGUCUCUGUAGCCUUUCACUCUAUUCCUUAUAUUCUCAGCCUCUGAGCAGCCCUAGGUAAGGAUUAUGCUGGCAUCCCCUUUUUCCUGUACAGUGGAACCCCUCUUAUCUUGCUUUCCUUAGGAGUUGAACCCUUCUCCCUGUCUACCUGCAACAUCUCCUUUCCCUUUAAAAUGACCAUGUAGUGGCAAGCGACCUUUUACUCUUCUCUGUUAGCUCUGGACUCUAACAUUGAAGCUAAUCUUCUGAAACUGCUAGGACCAUUGGGGUUUUGGGGGAGGGGGGUUGUUUUGUUUUGUUUUUUUAUGUCUGACCUGUGAUCGUGGUACAGCAUUAGCUGAAAUUUAGCCUUGUUUUAUUCCACUCCUCCCACUUUUUUUUUUUAAAUAUUUUGACAAAUAAACGUUUCUAACACUUAA